CAUUUCCACAGUGACACCAGCCGUUAGCUCGCUCGCACCAGAGCUAGCAGCUAGUCGGUGGAGAGACAGCCAGCUGACGCAGCAGCAGCUAGCGGUUCUUAGGAACUGGGUGUGAGUCUUCAGUGAUACUUAUUAUUCACAAUGAAGAAAUUAAAAGAGCCCACAUCCUGACGUCUACAUUUUGGCCAAUGACCGUAUGUCGCGGUGUCGUUGACUGACAUGGACGCUAGUGACAACAAGGAUGUGAAGCUUUCAGCCGAAGUGGAACCGUUCAUCCCACAGAAGAAAGAUCUUGAAGGAUCCCUUGCCAGAAUGAGUCUUUCUGGAGAGGCAGGAGGAGGAGGAGGGGGCGGAGGUUUAGGAGGAAAUGGAGGAGGCGUGGAAACCACUCCCAUACCCAGCUACCUCAUCACCUGCUACCCUUUCGUCCAGGAAAAUCAACCCAACAGGCAACAUCCUAUGUAUAAUGGAGGGGAGCUGCGCUGGCAGCAGCCUAACCCCAGCCCCGGAGGGUCAUACCUGGCUUACCCCAUCAUGUCUUCACCCCAGCCUCCUGUCUCCAAUGACUACGCUUACUACCAGAUUAUGCCUGCUCCCUGCCCUCCUGUGAUGGGCUUCUACCAGCCCUUCCAUGGAACCUAUGGUGGUCCUGUGCAAGCUGGAGUGGUCAACCCUGUGUCUGCAGAUGUUGCUGAAAGACCACUCUCUCUGGGGCCUGCAUACGGGAUGGGCAGGGGGAGAGGCAUGGUCCGACCGAAUGUUAUCCCAAAGCAACAGUUAGGUAUGUGCCUGCCUCCAAGAGGUCGCCGGCCUCCGACCAGGAGUGUGGCCGUGCAGAAGGAGGUGUGCACUUUGGGGCCUGAUGGGAGGACUAAGACAGUCAUGUUGGUGGAUGCAGCACAGCAAACCGAUUUCCAAGGUGAGUUGUCUGGGCGUUGUGCUGCUGAGCAAGCCAGUCCCCUGCUCUGGAAAAGCCGAACCAAGAGAAGAAGGGCGUCCCAUCCCUCUGAGAGCUACGAGCAGGGCGCCAGCGAGGCAGAUAUAGACAGCGACAGCGGCUACUGCAGCCCCAAACACAACCAGGCUGCCGGGGUAACACAGCGAACAGCAGAGAGCUCAGCAGCUCCAGCAGUAAGUUGGCUACUUACCAUCGGCAACAGGGGAGUGGAGGCUGGUGUAAUGACAGCAGGUACAUGGGUUAAUGCAGCCUCUCAGGCUACCCAGAAGUCCUGGGGAGACAGGAACGGACACUUUCACAGAGCAGACCAGAGGAAACAUCCUGAACAGAGAAACUUCUCACAGGAUUUCCACAGUGGUUAUCAAGGGCGUUUGCCGCUGAACCAAUCAGAACACAGGAUGCAGCCAGCAGCUGUUACAGAGCUCACACCAGAGCCCCUCUACUUUGAGGAUGAAGAUGAGUUCCCAGAUCUGGCUACUGCAGGGGCGGCCCAACGCAGCAGCAAACCAGAGUCUGCUGCAGCCCAGACACACAUGCAUCCUAAGCUGCACAAAAACCUGCUGGAUAACCUGCCAGAAAACUCCCCUAUCAGCAUUGUGCAGACCCCCAUCCCGAUUACCACCUCUGUUCCCAAGAGGGCCAAAAGCCAGAGGAAAAAGGCUCUGGCUGCUGCCUUGGCCACUGCACAGGAGUACUCUGAAAUCAGCAUGGAACAGAAGAAACUGCAGGAGAAAUUCAUCAAAGCAGCAGGGAAGAAGAGUAAAACCUCUGUGGAGCUGGACCUGGGAGACAUGCUGGCAGCUUUGGAGAAACACCAGCAGGCUAUGAAGGCCAGACAGCUCAACAACACCAAGCCACUGUCUUUUACAGUUGGAACAACCACUCCAUUCCACAGUUCGGGCUCCACCAGCAUGCCGUCCAUGUUGAAGGUCCAUCAGCAGACGUAUACAGCUCCACACAACUCCCUGGACUCCACCGCGCCCCGUAUGAAGAGGGGAAAGGAGAGGGAGGUCCCCAAAGUUAAACGGCCAACAGCCCUGAAAAAGAUUAUCUUAAAGGAACGUGAAGGGAAAAAAGGGAAACAGAGUGUAGAGCAAGAGACUUCAGGCCACGAGGAGCAGGGGGAUGAGUCUCUACAUUUUACUGAUGACAUUGCACGAGAGCCUGCCUCCCAAGAAGAAAAUGGUCUCAGUAUGCCCAGUGAUGCCUCCCUCUCCCCGGCCAGUCAGAACUCUCCUUACAGCAUCACCCCGGUGUCCCAGGGGUCUCCGGCCAGCUCCGGCAUCGGGAGUCCCAUGGCCUCGAACGCCAUCACCAAGAUCCACAGCCGACGUUUCAGAGAGUACUGUAACCAGGUGCUGAGUAAGGAGAUCGACGAGGGUGUGACGAUGCUGCUACAGGAGCUAGUUCGCUUCCAGGAGCGCGUCUACCAGAAGGAUCCCACCAAAGCCAAAUCCAAACGCCGCCUGGUCAUGGGUCUCAGAGAGGUCACAAAGCACAUGAAGUUAAAUAAGAUUAAGUGCGUCAUCAUCUCUCCCAACUGUGAGAAGAUCCAGGCCAAAGGUGGUUUGGAUGAAGCUCUAUACAACGUAAUUGCCAUGGCUCGGGACCAGGAGAUCCCGUUUGUGUUUGCCUUGGGCAGAAAAGCUCUCGGACGCUGCGUCAACAAACUAGUGCCUGUCAGUGUGGUUGGGAUAUUCAACUAUUCAGGAGCUGAGGGUCUCUUUAACAGUUUAGUGUCUCUGACCGAAGAGGCAAGGAAAGCCUACAAGGAGAUGGUGUCCGCUCUGGAGCAGGAGCAGGCCGAGGAGGCUCUGAAAAAUGACAAGAAGGUCCCUCACCACAUGGGGCAUUCCCGCAACCACUCUGCUGCUUCUGCCAUCUCCUUCUGCUCCAUUUUCUCUGAGCCCAUCUCAGAGGUCAAUGAAAAGGAGUAUGAGACCAACUGGAGGAGUAUGGUGGAGACUUCCGACGCCCUGGAGCCUAUUGAGGCUGCGCCCAGUCGUCCUGUGCCCCCAACAGCCGCACCCAAAGUCAGUGUGAACUCCGCAGCCUCCACCAGCACUGCCCACCCACCCACCACCGCCCCCCAGCCCAGGACCGCACCUUCAUCACUGACACAGGGUCCCAGUGAGAGGGACGAGGUGCGGGUGGACGACCGCUUGGAGCUGGCCUCUCAGCAGAGCACAGAGACGGGCUCAUUGGACGGGAGCUGCAGGGGCCCCUUGAACUCCUCCAUCACCUCCACCACCUCCACCCUGGUCCCCGGGAUGUUGGAGGAGGCGGACGAGGAGGAAGAGGAGGAGGACGACUACACCCCCGAACCUAUUUCUGUAGAAGUGCCCACCCUCAGCAGCCGCAUCGAAUCCUGGGUGUCAAAGACGCUGGAAAACCUGCAGCUGGGGAAGAGCCAGGAAAGUACGGAGGAGGAGGAGGAGGAAGAUGAAGAAGAGGAGAAAGUGCAGAGUGAAGAGGAGGACAUCGAUUCGGCGGACAUCGCAGACGAGAGGACGGAGGACAAAGAGGCAGUGGAGGUUAAGAAAGUCAGCGGUUGAUCUCCCCCCUCUGUUCAUACACUCAUUUCCUCUGUCGCUCUCUCGUCCCUCUUCACAGCAACCAGCAGCUGUUCCUCUCUCUCUCUCUCUCUCUCUCUCUCUCUCUCUCUCUCUCUCUCUCUCUCUCUCUCUCUCUCUCUCUCUCUCUCUCUCUCUCUCUCUCUCUUUCUCUCUCUAACCCCUGACACCAGACAUAAUCUCAGGUAUCCAACCAACUGACCAACACUCACAAGCAUUACACAGACACUGAUCGACUCACCGCAUCGCAGACCAAACAACAGCUAACACAGUCUGAGGGAUAGUAGUUCACCAACACUCCUCUCGUAGUUUAAAAGGAUGCCCUCACUUCUUCGGCCCAUAACCUGCUACACUUGAAUCCAGAGGGAAGUUUUUCACUUUCCCCCUCCAAAGCUGAACUCUUUUUAGAGUCGGGGACGUUUCUAGGAGCAAGUGAUGAGUGCUAUCUGUGAGUGCUGUCUGAAGCUCACAGAGGAGGAAGGUUGGAACCUCUCAGCUCCCAUCUUCAUACAGAGCUCACACGGUUUACAGCUCUUCAAGUAUUUGUGUGUGCGUGUGUGUGUGUGUGUGUGUGUGUGUGUGUGUGUGUUUACAGGCACAUAGUUAGCAUUUAUUUUUGUUGUGUUGUUGAGCUUUAUCUUUGUAAAUAAUGUGUGUUUUCCACCUGCUCCAUGUGGGAAGGAGAGACAUGCUUUUCUUUAUUAAUUUUUUGUGGGUGUUUUGCGUUGCUUACAGAAUAUGGAAGUGUCGGGGGGGGGUUAUGUCUUUCUGCCUAAAACCACUCCCACCCAUUAGUCUUCAGAGUGUUUUUUAAUGUUCAAAUAAUAAGUGUACCAUUCUGUAUUCAGACAAUUCAGAUGAUUAACUUCUAAGAAGCAAAACAAGCUUUGUGUAUAUAACUUUGUCUAUGUGGUUCUACUACAUUAUAUAAUGGUUUGUCAUAUUGAUCUUGCCGAGUGUGAAACUAUUUGGGUUGUUUGCCUCUGACUGGAAUCGUCUUGAGUUCCCAGAUGCUGUCUGUGCUUCAUAAAACAAAAUGCCCCUGAUGGGGUUUCUUCUCUGAUGGGUGGGCGCUCUCAAGCUGUCUUUUAAAGACUGAACCACAUCUUAGAAGCCCAAACUCCCAAAAAGUCCUUUCAUCCAGAGAGACAUGUUGCAACAUAGACACUGAAUUAAAAAAUUAAAGGUUUGGACCUGACUGUGUAGUUUGACAUUAUGAAAGAAUCAGGGUACAGGAAAUGUGCUCAAAUACAUUUUCCAAGUAUAUUUUCUUUAGUAAAUUCCACUUAAAUCUAAUUAACCUAUAGGAACAGCAGGGGUUUACUGGUAUUCAUCAAGGUUUAGAAUCCCAAAAUUGAACAUUUGGAUAGGGUUGCUUGCAAAUGAAUAUUUUUUAGAGUUCUUCUAGAUUUCAGAGACAGAUUUGUCUUUAUUUAAAGUCAGCUCCCCGAAGCUGAGAAAGCUCUGGCAUCAGGCAGGCACCACCAGAAGUCAAACAAGUCCUCACAAAGUCAUACAAAUACUAAUGAUAAACCCUUGUAAAUACAAGUGUACAAAAGAUAUUUUGAUUUUUCCAUUGUAUUGAAAAAUACAAUCAUCCUGUUCUUAAAGCCAUUUGAUAGUUUUAACUUUUAAACAGUUGGAAUCCAGUUUGAUAAUGGCAUUUGAUAGUGAAUCAUGGUGAGAUUUCAGCCAGCCAAUGACGAUGCGGUGUGUGUAAACGCAGUAUGCCCCGCUGUAUGCAAGGUGAAGCCCUGAGAUGGGAUGUGACAGUAUACUGAAUAUCAUACUUGGGACUAUGAAAGUAUUUCUAGUUUGAUUGCAGGUACCCUCUGUGUAGGCCUUUUGUUGCUAUGACUUCCAUCAAAGUGUUUGAAGUAUGUUUCUUUGCACCAUGUAAAUACAGUACUGGUAAAGGUCUUGUAACUAAUGUGAACAAAAAACAAAAAAACGGUUCAAUGAAGUAAUUUUUUUAGCGUGUUCCUCGUCUUUAUAUGGAUAUUUAAGACCGUCUCCUGCAGACUCAUCACUAGCAACAUUGUUAUAAGCUGUUUCUCAUAAUCCUGUUAUCACUCUUAACCUAUAACUGAUGAUUAACAUCAUUAAAAUGUUGUUUAAGUAAACCAUUUAAAUAAUG